AUGCUGACGAAGAUGCGUAGACUGUUCACUAAUAUAUGGGGGCUUCAAGGAGUUGAAGAAACGUUGCGCAGGAACCUGUUGAUCAGCCUCUCCCGUGAUCGUCCUCCACUUUCCUCCCCGCCAUUUAUUCCAACUUCACCUUCUCCUGUCCACUAUAGCGUUGCUCGGACGGUUCACUUCUCCUAUUCCUCGGCCUUUGUGCCGCUCACGAUUUACAACUUCGCUUCGUUGUUUGUUGUGCUCAAAACCUUUCUUAUCACUCCUACCUCAAGCCAGUCCCCCCACUAG